AUGCGGAGGUGGUACCUUCCCUUAAUCUUAGGAUAUAUAACAGUAGUUAGUGGAUUAGAAAAAAGAAGUAUAGAUUUAAUAGCAGCCCAUGGGUUGAUAUCGCAAGAAAGGUUACCUCACGACACCUCGCCAUCAGGAUACCAUCUAUUCUUACAACCGUUUCCAAAAGAUGGUUAUUUCGAAGGAGGGGUGAAAAUAAACGUGACCAUUCAACAUAAAACGCAUGAAAUUGUGUUGCAUGCACACCCAGAUUUAAUGAUACUGCAUUGUAACAUAACGCAGUUGGUUCCUUCUGAUGAAGAACUAAAAAGAGCAAAUCUAUCAGAUCCUAUUGAACGAGAAUUUCCUCCAGUACCAGUGGUUAUAGAGUCAGCAGAAAAGGUUAGAAGUAAACCAUUGUACAAUAUUGUUUUACAAAGUCCAAUUAACUCGGGAGCGUUGUUGGAAGUAUACCUUCACUUUACUGGGAAAAUCUUUAACGAUUCAACAGAAGGACUUUUCAGGGGUAACUACGUAGAUCCGAUGACUAAAGAAACUAAGUGGUUUGUAGCUACUCAUAUGAGGCCAAAUAUGGCAAGAAGUGUUUUUCCAUGCUACGAUGAACCCGCAUUUAAAGUUCCAUUUGUAAUUUCGGUAGCCAGGCACAAAAAUAUGACGGCGAUAUCCAAUAUGCCCUUGGACUACACCACUCCACAUGAGGUAAUAAAAGACUGGUACUGGGAUACUUUCAAAAGGACUCCCGUAAUGGCCACUUUUUCCAUUGGAAUUGUAAUCUCAGAAUUCAGCAAUAUUACAAGCAGCCUGUCUCCAGAAAGAGAUAUUGCAGUUACCGUUUGGGCUAGACCAGAUUUUAUAAAUGCUUUAACUAAUGUUUCCCAAAAGGUACAAGAGUCCCUAGUUGUACUAGAAGAAUUUUGGAAGAUCCCGUUUCCAUUGCCGAAGUUAGAUAUAUUCGCUUUACCGACAUACCAAGCUACCAGACCAGCAGACAGCUGGGGUGUUCUACUUUUUAAAGAAAGCGAACUAGUUAGCCAUGAUUCCUGCCAUAUAAUCCAUGAACUGGUGUACCAAUGGUUGGGGGCUUUGGCAACUCCGUUUUGGUGGAGCGAUGCCCAUAUUAACAAUGCGUUAGUAAGAUACGUCACAGCGUACACUACAUUAAAGAUGCACGAUUGUGAUUCUUAUAACAAUUGGCCGAUGACAAUACUGUACUCCAAUUAUUACGAAUUUAGCAAAAGGUAUCCUCAUGGCAAAAGCACAGCCAUCAAGCAAGAUUCAUCUUCAGCCAAAACGGAACUGGUAUUUAGAAUGCUAAACUACACGUUAGGAGAAAGCACAUUUAGACACGGCAUGCAACGAUUUAUGUUGGAUAGGCAAUACAAAACAUUCUUUGGCGAUGAUAUCUGGCUCAGUUUAACAGAACAAGCGAGAUUCGAUAAAAAAUUGCCGCAACCUAUAACUAUAAAUGAAAUAGCAGCCUCGUGGAUCACUAAAGAUAGACUUCCAGUGGUAACAGUCAUAAGGAACUACGAGGAGAAAACAGCAAAUUUAAGCCAGAGAGUAUACUUAAGAGAACGUCCUCAUGAUGUGCCAGAUCAAGAAAAGUUUUUAUGGUGGAUUCCAGUAGUCCUCAUUAGAGAAGAUCAUUUAAAUUUUGCCAACUCAACUCCAUUUACUUGGAUGCGCCGAGAGCGGGAUCUUAUUUUAAAUGACAUGCCAGACAAAGAUUCAUUUAUCAUUAUAAAUCCAGAGGAGAUAGGUCCUUUCCCAGUAAACUACGAUGUGAAAAACUGGAACAUGUUAGCCCAAUAUCUUUGUUCUGAGAAACGACAAACAAUUCCUGUGUAUACCAGAGCAAAACUUUUACACGACGCUUGGAAUUUAGCUUACGCUGGAGAUCUCAGUUUUGGCACUGCGUUAAACAUGACUCUAUUCCUAAAACAUGAAAGAGAAUAUUUGGCUUGGGAUCCUGUUUUUACAUUGAUUGAUCACAUUGGAAGACAUAUCGACAGCUCAGCAGUACAUACAAAGUUCCAGACCUACGUUAGACUACUGCUAACACCUCUGUAUGAAGAGUUGGGAAGCGAACCCCAAGAAGGCGAAAGUGAAGGUAGAGCACAUCUAAGAAGUUCCUCUAAAAUCUUUUUGUGUCAAGCUGGUUAUAAACCACUCAUCGAAGAAGCGCAGGCAGCGUUUAAAAAAUGGAUGGAAUCCACGGACCCUGAUGAAGGAAAUCCUGUAGCAAAUCAAUACAUUUGCCCAGUCUUCAAAUGGGGUACAAUGAAAGAAUGGGAAUUCGGUCUUGAUCGAGUCAUUAAAUUCCCAACAACCAGAAUACCAAGCGAACGAACGUAUUUGUUAAAGACAUUGGCUGGCUGUCCAAAUGAUGCACAAAAAAUUGAAAAGCUGCUGACAAUUACAGUUUUAGAACAAAAUGGAAACUUUACAGAUAAUGACAUUUAUUUAAUAUUUAGUAUGCUAACUGGAGGAGCUAAUGGUUAUACUACUCUAUUUAACUUCUUAAAGAAAAACUGGGACUUAAUUAAAAUAAGAUUCGAGGACAAACCACAACUUUGGAAUAGUCUCAUUACUUCAGCGACCACCGUUUUCAAAACUCAGAAGGGUCUGGACAUGGUAUCAGAGCUUUAUGUAGAACGGCAAAGCGAAUUCGGCACAGCCGACUUUGUGAUAGAGAGAGCAAUACGAAAUAUUAAAGAAGAGACGAAGUGGAGUAACGAAAACUUACCUGUCAUCGAAGCUUGGUUGGACCAAUACAUCAAAGAUAAUAAAAAUAAUGAUAAGCAAAGAGUUUCAUAA